UGUUACCACAUUUUACUGCAUGUGAUUUGUGCCGCGUUUGCCGAAAUUUUCCCUUGUUCAUAAGGAGAUAUUGGAAGCAGUGAAAACAGUCGUUGGAAAAUAUUUUUCGUUUACGCAUCAAAGCUUCCGCUGAGCAAAAAUAAUCAUUUAUUUAUUUAAUCAAUCAAUCAAUUUAAUAAAGGGACCGUAUUUAUGUUUGUCCGAAUAACAAUUUAUAAAACAUGAUGAAUGUACUUAACAAAUUUUCAAAACCUUAUUCAUUAUGAUUAUCUAAAAUGAAUGUGCCAUCAAAUUAUGAUUAUAAAUUGAAAAGUGAAGGCGAGCAUCUUAUAAUUAAGAGUAUUGAAGAUAAAGCUUCGGCACCGAAAUGGAUUGAUGAGUUUUCUGAAAGCUCUCUAAUAACUUCGAGAACGUACAAAACUUAUCCCGUUUGCAGAAAAUAUCAAUUCAAAAAGAUUUUUAGAUGUCGUUUUAAUACCUGUAUCAUCAGAAAGGAAGUAAAUCAAAAUGCACCUACUAAGCGAUAUUCAAGAAAUACUGACUAUCCAGUUACAAUGAUGUUUUGUUUGUUACACUGAUGUUACUUAAGUGAGAACUUCAAGAAAGCCAGAACUGAUUUUGUGACUUUCAAAAUAAUGUGAUAGAUUGGUACAUUUCCAUUCCAUUAAAAACUUGGAAAAUUUGUUUCAAAUCGAAAUAUUUCUCAUUUUGUGAGUCUUUGUCAUGGUGAAGAUACAAUGUAAAAUAUUUACAAUCUUUGGACGCAUUUCACAAAAAGCAGAGAUUGUUUAUAAUAUUAUUAAAUUAACAUUUCUUUCACUGUUUUACAAUGAAUUUGCUGAUAAAUAUUACAUUGGUGAUUCAUGCAUGGAACCAAUGUUCUGGUUUGUUGAUCAUUUCACAAAAAUUCUUGGACCUAUUUGUGUGAUAGCUGUAAUUUUGUUGACCUCAUCAUUAAUAGUUAUCGCAUAUGCAAUUGGUCUUCCAUUUUACUCAAAUCAGAAUGUAUUCAUUUUCCUACUUGCACUAUUUCUUGGUCAUUGGCUUCUUUUAAAUGUUGUGUUUUAUUAUUACAUGGCAUAUACUACUGAUCCUGGUUAUCCUCCUCAAGGAGCUAUGAUUACUGAUGCUGUGUCUAUUUGCAAAAGGUGCAUUGCACCAAAACCACCACGAACUCACCAUUGCAGUGUUUGCAACCGGUGCAUCUUAAAAAUGGAUCAUCAUUGUCCGUGGCUCAAUAACUGUGUCGGCCAUUUUAACCAUCGAUACUUUUUAAUGUUUUGUGCUUAUACUUGGAUUGGAGUAGUAUUUUGCGUUAUAUUUGGGUUACCUGUUUUUAUCAAUCAUUUCUUUGGCCCUGCUGAGUAUAGUUUCUCUCCCCUCCUUAUAAACUUUAUAAAAACAAUUCAAUUUAGCCUGAAGCCCCAAAUGUUACAAGAAGCAUCUGAAUAUGAUAUCCAUACUAAUUCUACUGACAAGUGGGUUGCUACCUUGUAUCAUUCUUGUUUUAUCUAUGCUGCUCUUUUGGUUGUUGCUGUUUUAUGCGUCCUUGGUGGACUUUUGGCUUGGCAUGCAAGACUGAUUUCUAAUGGUGAAUCAAGCGUUGAAGGACACAUUAACAAGAGAGAGAGGAAAAGGUAUCUCAAGGAAGGUAAAAUAUAUAAAAAUCCAUAUGAUUUCGGUGUAGUUGAAAAUUGGAAGAUUUUUUUGCGUGUUGACAGCCUUGGAUCUUGGUGGCGAGUACUUUUACCAUACACUAAUCCUCCAUUUGGUAAUGGAAUUCAAUGGAACUUUCCAAACAUUGAAGAGCAAAAAAUUAAUUAUCUUGAUAAAGAAGUUAUAGAAGCUUGUUUUGUUAAGAUGGCUUGAUUCCUAAAAAAGAAGAAAUUACUUUUAUGAUACAUUUAACUCUGAUUGUCUUGGAUCAUGGUGGCAAUUAAGUAUACUCUGAGGCACCAUUUGGGAGUGGAAUCCUACAGAACAUUCCAAACUUUGAGGAGCCCAGCAAGAGAUUAGUUUGAUAACAAAAUUAUAGAAGCCUAUCUAGUUAAGGUAUCUUAAUUCGAAAAACAAAAAAUUAACUAACUUCCAGGGCAGCAAGGCAACUCCAGGGCAAUUCAUAUGAUUUCAGUGUCAUUGAUAAUUGGAAGAUUUUUUUACAUGUCGACUGCCUUAGAUCCUGGUGAUGAGUACUUUUACCAUACACUGAUCCACCAUUUGGUAAUUUAAUUCAACUUUCCAAGUAUUGAAGUGCAAAAAAUUAAUUAUUUUGAUAAAGAAAUUAUUGAAGCUUGUUUUAUUAAAAUGGCCUGAUUCCUUUUUUUAAAAAAAAAACUUUAUUUCAACGUAGCAAGUAUUUUUAUGAUAUACUAGCUCUGUCUGUCUUGGAUCUUGGUGGCGAGUACUUUUCUGUACUCUUAGACACCAUUUGGGAGUGAAAUCCUACGGAACAUUUCAAACAUCAAGGAGAGCACAGCUGAAGAUUAAUAAUCUUGAUAAAGAAAUUAUGGAAGCCUGUCUAAUUAAGAUGGCUUAAUUCCAAAAACAAAACCAACAAAAAAACAUAACUGUCAUGGUAGCCAGUACUUUUGUGAUACAUUAACAGGACAUCUUAGAAUACUAUUAAAUAUAGUAUUGAAUUACAAAUAAAAGAGUUAAAGAUUAAAUGAUAAGGAUAUAAAUGACUUGAUAUUUGUAAGGUAUUGGAGAAAAUGUCUUUAGUUUUAAUUUUUAUAAUACAAGGGCAUUGUUAUCCUUUGAUGUAGUUUGUGGCAUUAUUUAAUCAUAUGCAGUAAUUACAAUUUAUCAGUACAUUAGGGUUCUGCUUGUUACAUGAUAUUUUGACACACAAAAUUUUUUUCUGUUAGAUAUUCUAUGUCUGUGCAGUGUUUUAUUUUCAGAAUAUUUUGACCAUAUACUUUCUUUGACUAAGCAGUAUUAAUUUAUUUUACCUUUUGAAAUUAGCCAAAAACAAACUAUUUUUAAAAAUUACACAAAAAGAAGUAGUUGUAUACAAGUGGCUUUUUUUUUCUCCUUUUGAAAAAAUUUCUUUAUCUUGAAAAAUUGUUUUGGAAAAAAUUGUAUAUACAGUGUCUAAUAAUUGAGACUUCAUUGCAUGUUUGAUUUGUGUAAAAAGCAUACAUGUGUUUUGGAAAAAAUACAACGACAUUAAAAAGCAAAAAAAUAUUUGUGAUAAUCUUUAAUAUUGGCCUAUAAAUAGAUAAACUCUUAAUUUAACAGUCAAAGGUGUCUUCAAUUUUAUCAACAAAAAAAAUAGAAAAGUUUUUUUUACAUUGUUAAGAUUAAUUUUUUUUUUGGUAUUAAUUUUAUUGAGAACUAUUUUCUGUUACUUUUCCAUUUAAUUUUAAUUUUGUCAGCUGAUGCUCAAUAAAUCAAAAACUACAUUCUAUAAAAUAUUUGUCUCUGUAAAUUGAGAUUGUUUUUUUCCUGCACACUUCUCCUUAUAUUCUGCCAUUUCUUCCAUUUUCUACAAAUUUAUUGCAUCUUAUUUUAGUACUUAAACAGUUUUAUUGAUUCAUUGAACAUAAAAAAAUAAUAAUUUUUGAUAAUUUACAAGUUUUUUAAACUUGUAUCUACUGAAGAUAGAAAUCUAAUACUUAAAUUUGCUUGUUUUCAGUUCCCUUAAAAAAAAUCAUAAAUUUGUAAUUGCAAUGGCACAGUAGUUAAGGCACUGAACUAUCAUUAUGAAGUACUGGGAUUCUACCCUUAAUGGCAGCUGAAAGCUCACCCAGUUUCAUAUUGAUGGCAAUUCUGGCUACUUUGCUAUCAUUGUGCCAUUGUGCACAAAAUUGUAAUCUUGAGCCUUCAUAACAUCCCUGAACUACAAGGAGCUGUUGAAGGAUACCUUGUUUUAAAUAAAUUUGUCUUACCUAUUAAUAUUAAACUCAUCAAUAAAUAUUUAAGUGAGUCAUUCACGCAUAUAAAUAAAUUUGUAACUGCAAUAGCACAGUAGUUAAGAGACUGAGGUAUCAUUAUAAAAUACUGGGGUUCUGUCUUCAAUGGCAGCUUAAAGCUCACCCAACUUCAGAUCAAUGAGUUCCAGCUUGCCAGAGAAGUAAAGAUGGUUAGUGUGCAAAUCUGACUACUUCUUAUCAUAGUCACUAAAUUGUAGAGACUUAACCUUCAUGGUACAAGGAGAUGUUGAGGAAUACUUUGCUUUGAAUAAAUUUGUGUUAUCUAUUUAUUUCAAACUCACCAUAAAAACUUUAAGAGAAUCAUUCUGUCAUUUCUUCCAUUAUGUACAAAUUUGUAUAGCUUUAGUACUUAAACAAUUUCAUUGUGUGAUUUGUAAAUAAAAAAUGUGUGAAAAUUAAAUAUCAAGUUUCUUGAAA